AUGGCUGACAAGAUGGAUCGCGGUCUCGAUGAGAUCAUCGCUGAUACUCGCGCCAAUCGAUCUCGCAACCACCGUGGCCAAGGUCGCCGACGUGAACCCCGUAAUGACUACCCUCGCGAUGGUGUUAGAAAGUCCGUUCGCGACGAUUCACGAAACCUUGAUAGCGAAUGGGUCCAUGACCGAUUCGAAGAGAACAACAAUCGCCGGGCCCCUGCUGCUCGCCGCCGCCGCGAAUCCCCAGACCAGGAGUCCAAGGGCGCCAAGCUCAGAGUUGACAACAUUCAUUAUGAUCUCACUGAGGAAGACCUGGAUGAGCUAUUUCGAAGGAUCGGCCCAGUUGUUCGCCUUCAGCUACGGUAUGACCGCGCUGGGCGAUCCGAGGGUACUGCUUACGUGACGUACGAACUGAAGGAGGACGCUCAGGAGGCGGUCAAGCAGUUUGAUGGUGCCAAUGCCAAUGGUCAACCCAUUCGAUUGACUCUGCUACCCUCGCGAAACCCAUUUGAUACCGCCGUUAUGCCCGGCCGUCCACUGGCAGAGCGAAUCUCGAGUCCCGGGGAACGAAGAUCCCAUUCCCCCCAUCGCCGGUAUGACGACGACGACGCUGCCCGCAGAGGAAUCGAUAGAUAUGUUCCCGGCCAGGGUCCUCGCCGCAGCCCAAUGCCUAGACAGGGUGGUCGGGGCCGAGGUCAGGGUGGUCGUCGCCCUGGUGCUCGACGCGAUGGCAGAGAUGGCAGAGAUGGUGGCAGAGAUCAGGAGGGCGGACGCGGCGGACGAGGCAAUCCUCGUGGAAAGAAGACACAGGAGGAGCUGGAUGCGGAGAUGGCGGACUACUUUGGCGGCGGUGACAACGCGCAGGCUGCAGAACCUGCUGACCAGCAAAGUGCACCCACUGCUCAAACACAGGCAGCUGCGCAGACUCAAGCUCAAGCUGCGACCGACGACAUUGACAUGAUCGAGUAG